CCGCCCGCCCAGCUGCCAGGUGAGCGGCGCCAGGCCCCAUCGCCCACUAGGCCCGUGAGAGCCGCACCAGCCCCGCCGCCAGAGUCCUUAUGUUCACACAUGUCUCUGCUGAACUUGUAAAAGAGGCACUUGGAUGAUGGACUGAAAGGAACGUUGAGAGUCCGUGAAAAGUUUCAAAUCGGAGAGUUUUCAAUUUUCACCCUAGUCCGGCAGCUGUGCUGCUCACGUACAUACAGAUGAAUGAAGACCCCAUUCGGGAAGACACCUGGCCAGCGGUCCAGAGCGGAUGCAGGCCAUGCUGGUGUGUCUGCAAGCAUGAUGAAGAAAAGGACGUCCCACAAAAAACAUCGGAGCAGUGUGGGGCCGAGCAAACCCGUUUCCCAGCCCCGGAGGAACAUCGUAGGCUGCAGGAUUCAGCAUGGGUGGAAGGAGGGGAAUGGCCCUGUCACCCAGUGGAAAGGAACCGUUCUGGACCAGGUGCCUGUAAAUCCUUCUUUGUAUCUUAUAAAAUACGAUGGAUUUGACUGUGUUUAUGGACUAGAACUUAAUAAAGAUGAAAGAGUAUCUGCGCUCGAAGUCCUCCCCGAUAGAGUUGCGAGCUCUCGAAUCAGCGACGCGCACCUGGCCGACACGAUGAUCGGAAAGGCGGUGGAGCACAUGUUUGAGACAGAGGAUGGCUCCAAGGACGAGUGGAGGGGGAUGGUCUUGGCUCGCGCCCCUAUCAUGAACACGUGGUUCUACAUCACCUACGAGAAGGACCCCGUCUUGUACAUGUACCAGCUCUUAGAUGAUUAUAAAGAAGGCGACCUUCGCAUCAUGCCCGAUUCAAAUGAUUCUCCUCCAGCAGAAAGGGAACCAGGAGAAGUUGUGGACAGCCUGGUAGGCAAACAAGUGGAAUAUGCCAAAGAGGACGGCUCUAAAAGGACUGGCAUGGUCAUCCACCAAGUGGAGGCCAAACCGUCCGUCUACUUCAUCAAGUUUGAUGACGACUUCCAUAUCUACGUGUACGAUUUGGUGAAAACGUCCUAGAUGGCAUCAUGGACUUCGCCAAAUUUGUGGAACUAUUAAAUGUAUAAUUUGUAGACAUAAAGACUUGAUUGCUUUCCAGUUUAAUGAAAGCUUAAAUGUCCCUGCGAACCCACAAUCUCUGCCAGCAGAACUGGUUUUGUUCCGAAUAGUACAAAUUCAUGUGAACACAAAGCAUUUUGUGUAAGGAACUCCUUCCUCUUAAAAGAAGUCUGUCUGUCUGGAGGGGAGUUAACAGGCAAGUUUGGUACAAGUUAGGCUAGCCCCAUAGUCAUUUCAAACUGUAGUAGAUCUUCCCCACUUCCCCGCCACUGUUGCGCUCUCCGACUCUGCCGCCACAAUGCAAGCAUAGUUUGGUAUUUUUGUUAUUGCCUUUUUUGAGAUAUGUAUGUAUCUAUAUCUACCUAUCUAUAUCUGUGUGUGUACAUAUGUAAUAUAUACACACACAUAGAUCUGUGCGUGCGCACACAUACACUUAAUUGGCAGUCAUUUCUUUGUGGAUUGGGGCGGGGGGUAAAUAAUAUUCUCCAGUUUAACAGGAGUACUUGUCCGAAGUCAGUCAUACUUAGCAUAUUACUGCUGCUUAUUUAAAAUUAAAUGUGGGCACAGGAGACACAGGGAUGUUCAGCUUGUUUUCAAAGUCAGAAGUUCAGACACCUUUUCAGUCUGGAGGCUUUAAACUGUGAGUCCAAACAUGAAUCAUUGGUGAGCAGUUGCUGGACCCACAUUAGGAUUUAACAAAACAGGAAUCUGGGUAAAAAGCUGCCUUUAAUUCUAAGCUUUGUAAAUUUUUGUUUACAUUUUUUACUGUACUUUUUUUUUUUUUUUUUUU